AGAGUUAGUGUUAGUGAAUAGUACAAAGUCAGAGUGGAGCAUCUAUUUAAAAGUAGAGGGACUAGUUGUUUUCUUCAUUAUGAGAUUUAUAAGUUUGUCAAGAACAUAAGCUGAUUUUACUGAUACGGUAAGGUUGAUUUAAGUUUUUUAGAAGGCUUUGAGAAUCGCGCUCCAGGCUCCACCGUGGAACAUUAAGGGAUUUCAUAUUGUUGGUAUACAAGGAUAAUUAUUUGUGAAUGUUGGAUCUAAUGAUCCAGUUCCCAGAGAUUGGUCAAGGUUUAAUUUAAUGUUGGAUAGUGAGAAUGUGCUUAAGCUUGAGCUCAAGGACAUGGAACUAGAGUUUUCCUGGCCAAUAGAGAGACUUAAACAAGUACUGCCAGAUUUUGACAGUCCAUCACCUUCAGCACCUAAAUCUUGUUCAACAGAUUCGCUUAAGUCCAUAGCAUCACUCCUAGAAGAGCAAAAUAUUCCAGAAGCUAAAAUAACAUUGGCUUCUGGAGUGUCUGCCUUUCUCUGGCUAUACACUUGCAUCCAUGGGUACAAACCUGCAAUAGUGACUCUGACAUCUGAACUUCCUCUAGGCGCUGGCUUAGGCUCAUCUGCUGCAUUUUGUGUGUCACUUUCUGGAGCCCUUCUUGCAUUGUCAAAGUGUUGUGAGCUUGACUACAACCAGCAGAGUUGGGUAGCUUUAAAGGAUAGUGAGCUCGACCUUGUAAAUAAAUGGGCUUUUGAAGGCGAAAAGAUAAUUCAUGGAAAGCCAUCUGGGAUCGACAACACAGUAAGCACCUAUGGAAAUAUGAUACAGUUCAGGUCAGGAGAACUCACACGAAUGAAGACGAGUAUGCCACUAAAAAUGCUCAUAACAAAUACCAAGGUUGGGAGAAACACAAAAGCAUUAGUUGCUGGUGUCUCCGAGAGGACACUGCACCAUCCUAAUGCGAUGGCUUCUGUUUUUGAUGCUGUUGAUUCUAUCAGCAAGGAGUUGUCUACUAUCAUACAGACACCAGCUCCUAAUGAGAUUGCGGUGACUGAAAAAGAAGAGAAGUUGGAAGAACUGAUGGAAAUGAACCAGGGCUUGCUUCAGUGUAUGGGAGUGAGCCAUGUUUCAAUAGAGACUGUUCUCCGAACAACUCUUAAAUACAAGUUACGUUCCAAACUGACAGGAGCUGGUGGUGGAGGCUGUGUAUUGACACUGUUACCAACCCUUUUGUCAAACAUUGUGGUUGAUAAAGUAGUUGCUGAGUUAGAAUCCUGCGGCUUCGAAUGCUUCAUAGCUGGAAUUGGUGGCAAUGGCUUGGAGGUAUGCUUCAACGAUUCUACCCAAACUUGAGCGAUGAAUAUCCGUGUACUAUUUUGAGUCUUUAACUUGGUUGUUGAAUUAUGUUGAUUGUACUAGUUUAAGUCAUUCUUUCCGAGUGUACAAUAUGUAUGUACAUUAAUAUCAUUAUUGUAGCCUGCAUGCUUAUUCUUCUA